CAGCUGAAGACUUUGCAUUGUCCUUUUCUAGGUCAUAUUGUAACGCCAUUUACCCCCGAGGCGUAUAGUAUAGAGGGAAUGGAUGUUUAUGAAUACUGCGCUUUUGUGCUUCUGUUCUCCCUGGGAAAGAAAUGACAGAUAGCUAUGGCUGCCUUAGGGCAAGGCUUCUGAAGGGUCCAAAGAUUCCAGCCUGAGGACCGCACGCUGAGCAGCUGAGGGACAAGGCUUUACCGCGCAUUUCGCAUAUUGGAAUAUUCGCUUUCGUUUUUGUAGAAGGAAAAGACGCUUUAAGUGUGUACAGUCCCUCAGUAUCGGCUCCACUGUAGAAUCUCCGAGGAGCAAGGGGAAGGGGAAGACCUUCCUCUCACGCCCUCCGGGGACUUUCUUCACUAGUUGUGUGGCAGUAGACGACCAGGUUGCCGCUGAAGCUUGAAGGACGUGCUGAGCUAUAAACUCUUUAGAACCCAGUUCGUUGCAGAUAGUCUUAAUAGUAUAGCCUUAGUGUUUUGAAGUGUGCAUAAACUGUGUUGUGGUAGAGAUAAUUUCCGCUACUUUUGGAUCUUACAGCUUUGCUUACAGUGUUCUCCAAGUUGAAAAGGUGCAAAAGACUUAGUAGUUGCUGUGAACUUCACUUAAUCCCCACGAAAUCUAACUAGCCCUAGCCACCUUCCAGCCAUGCCGGCCGGAACAGAUCAUUAUGUGGGCGGGACCAAGCAUUUCGAAUGCAGGGUCAAAGGCCACCCACGCCCGAAUAUACGCUGGUUCAAAGAUGGGACAGAGAUCACGGAUAACCCCCGAUACAAGUUCGACCACACCCACGAGGGAGUUAUCUCUAUGGUGAUCGAAAACAUUAUACACGAUGAUGAAGGACAUUACAGAUGCCGUGCUGAGAACUCCGAGGGUUUGGCUUCCACUUCGGCUUACCUGUUUGUCAGAGCGCACAAGGAGCACCCAGAAGAAUCUCACACGUCCAUCCAUGCCAUGGAGAUCGAGGAGGUGGUGCUCGCGGGGAAAUCUUUGCGUGGUGCCUCCACGAAAAGCGCAGAACCUCACUUUCAGACACCGAUCGAAGACGUGGAUGAAAGCCACUCCAAAGUCCGGAGACUCUCUGCCGAGGAGGAGGAAGUGGUCCGAAAGUCCUUUGAACAGGUCAUCGAAAGUGCCGAGAGCACUAGGGUCAUAUCCUCAUCUGUGAAAACGAAAGUUGAACAAGAUUCUCAGAAGAUCAGCGCGGAUCUAAGAGAAAAGUCUUACCAUUCAUCUGACGAUUCGGGUGAUGAUGUCGACUCGGUGAAGUUGAAGACCAUAAGUGAGCGGUCGGAGACGUCCAUUCAUGAUUCACUCUGUGACUUUGCAAGCGACGGAGAGAGGUCUCUUCUUAUGGAACAGACCAGCAGAAUCUUUUCUGAAGAACUGGGACUUAACGGAGAGGUUAAAACAUCGGCUUCUUAUGAGUCUAUGUCUUCUAAGUCAGAAUCAUCAAUGGUUGUCAAGAAAGAAACAAAAGACGGCAAAACUAUCUCUUCAACUGUGGAGUCUUCUUCUUCCUCAUUCUCUUCGUCCUCAAAAACAGAAGUAAGAUCAACGAAGUCUGUAGGGCAAAAGACUGUUGCUGUCUCCAAGGAAGAGGUGGAGGAGGAGAGUUACACAGAGAGUGAAACCGGCAGUGAGGUGGGCUCUGUGGUAGGAGUAGACCAGGCCAGGAAGAAAGUGACCAAACAGGACUCCAAGGAGAAAGACGAGACAGAUGGAACGACACGCGGAAGAGACAUCUCUGGACUACUGGAUGAUGACAAGACACAAGAGGUGGUUGAGCAGCGUUCGUCUUGGGUAGAACAAGUGUCAACUGAGACGCAAGCGGAGAAGACAGAGACUGUUACAGAGGAAAGCCAAGCAGCCAGAGCUAAAGAAGAGAAGCCACGCUUAGUACAGACUCCAGAGAAGAUGGAGGUCCAAGCAGGGAAGACACUAAAACUACGAUCUACCAUUGAAGGUUCUCCAAAUCCCCAAGUCUCAUGGUCCCGAGAUGGACGGAGUUUGCAGGCGGGAGAACGCAUCACCAUGGUAACAGAGAAUGACGUGUACACUCUGGAGAUCCGGGAGACGGGACCAGAGGAUGCUGGGACGUACAGGCUCACGGCCCGUAACUCUGUUGGAGAAAUCUUUACGGACAUCCCGGUUACUGUUACUGGAUCAAGUCCAUCGGAGGAUGGGCGGUUAGAUCUGACAGCAUCUGUGAACAUCCCACGGUUUGUGAUGCAACCCCAGGAUGUGAGCGUCUCCGAGUUCGAAACCAUCAAGCUGGUAUGCACAGUCAGAGGCGAGCCCAACCCAAGUAUUUCUUGGGAGAAGGACGGCAAGAAACUCCGAGCCAACCGUCGCAUGCGCCUGUACGAGUCACGUGGUUCUCACUACCUGGAGAUUCCCGAGGCAGAAGCAGACGAUGCCGGAGAGUACGUGUGCACGGCUGUCAACUCCCACGGCACUGUCUCCGCUACUGUACACGUCACAAUAGAAGGCAUGGAAUCCAUCAUUUCUACCAGCGAAUUAGCAGACGAGCAAGGAGCAAUGGCGGCCGCCGCACCUCUUGACGUCACAGACUCGUCUGACAAACCAGAUAUCACUUGGACAAAAUCUGGAGUGAAGCUUAGAGAUGGUGGCCGAGUGGUCAUCCGUUCAGAAGGAGAUUUGUACAUUCUGGAGAUCAAAAACGCCACAUCGGCAGACGCGGGGACAUACCGAGCCACAGCGCUCAAUAUGGAGGGAGAGACAUACACAGACAUCCCUGUCAGCGUAUCCAGCCCAUCAAAGGAGCCAAGCGUGGAGGUAGAUCCUAACUUCCCGCGGUUCGAGGAGAUGCCCAAGGACUUGAUUGUGGCAGAGCGGGAGGACAUCAACCUAACCUGUGUAAUCAAAGGAGAUCCACUUCCCAAUGUGAAAUGGGAGAAAGACGGACGCCGAGUGAGGUCUGGCCGAAGGAUCCGGGUGUAUGAGUCACGUGGUUCUUACUGCUUGGAGAUCCGAGAAGGCGAGGUUCAGGACAGUGGCGAGUACGUGUGUACUGCCACCAACUAUCACGGCAGUGUCAAACAUACUGUGAAGGUCAACGUUGGAGGCCCGAUACCAACUGCUGGAGAAAAACCACCAUCCGACCUUCCAAAGGAAGAGGUUCCAGCUCCGGCCAAGACAGAAGAACAACCAUCUGAACCUAUCAAAGAGGAAAUUACACCUGAAGCCGAGCCUGCUACUGAAGAAAUACCACCAGCGCCUGAGAAGGAAACCACUGCUCCAGGAGGCAAGACAGACGCAGAGACAGCCUCCUCCAAGCCUGCUGAGGAAGACCUUACUGCAAAAUCCAAAACAGACCUCGAGGAACCACCGCAAAAGGUGGAAGAAAAUGAAGAGGAAAAAGAAGAAGUAAUUGUGCAGACAAAGCCGAAGCUGGUCAAAACGGUUGAGGAUGUCAAAGCAACGUCUGGAGGAAAAGUAACUCUCAGCACAUCUAUCGAAGGAACUCCUAAGCCAACAAUUACAUGGUCAAAGGGAGGCAAGACAAUCCCAGACAGCGGACGUUUCUCUGUCACGUGUGAAGGUGACGUGUACACCCUGGCGAUUAAUGACGCCACAGAGGCUGACAGUGGCACAUACAGAAUUACUGCCCAUAGCUCUGCUGGAGAAACUUACACAGACAUAAAUGUCAACGUUUCCCCAGCAGAGACCAAGAAACCAGAACCUACUGUUGAGGUAGAUCCCAACUUCCCAAGAUUCGAGGAGGCACCCUCAGACGUGGCUGUCAGAGAGCUGGAGGAGAUCAAACUGGUCUGUGCUAUUAAAGGAGACCCACUUCCCAAUGUGAAGUGGGAAAAGGACGGACGCCGAGUGAGAUCUGGCCGAAGGAUCCGAGUGUACGAGUCACGUGGUUCUUACUGCUUGGAGAUCCGGGAGAGUGAGGCCCAGGACAGUGGCGAGUACGUGUGUACUGCCACCAACUAUCACGGCAGUGUCAAACAUACUGUGAAGGUCAACGUUGGAGGCCCGGUACCAACUGCUGCAGCAGAUGAAGAACCCCCUUCAGAGCCUGCUACAGAGCAGAUUGAAGCUCCAGCCAAGGCAGAAGAACCAAAACCUGAACCUGUUGAAGGAGCCAUUAAACCUGAGGCCAAGCCCGAAACAGAAAAACCAGCAGAAGAAAUCACUACACCUCACGGCAAGACAGACACAGAACAACCAGCUGCUGAACCAGCUGAAGUUUCUCCAAAGUCCAAACCAGUGGAAGAAGAACCAGUUGAGAAGACACCAGAACAGAAAGAGGACAAGAAAGAAGAAAUCGUUGAGCAGACAAAACCAAAGCUGGUGAAAACAAUGGAGGAUGUGAAAAUAACAGCUGGGGGAACAGUUACUCUCAGUGUUUCCUUCGAAGGUGAGCAUCCGUUAGAUUUCUGCUAUUGGAAUAGAACGCCCAAACCAACAAUCUCGUGGUCCAGCGGUGGCAAGGCAAUCACAGACGACGGACGCUUCUCUAUCAGGUGUGAAGGUGACGUGUACACCCUGGAGAUCAUGAAUGCCACAGAGGCUGACAGUGGCACAUACAGAGUUACUGCCCUUAGCUCUGCUGGAGAAACUUGCACAGACAUUCAGGUUGAAGUUGCUGCUGCCGAAGUCAAGAAACAGCAACCCAGUUUGGAAGUGGACCCACACACACCAAGAUUUGAGGUGGCGCCUACGGAUGUGGCAAUCGGCGAGUUCGAAGACAUCAAACUGGUUUGUUCUGUUCAAGGUGACCCAGCGCCCACAGUGACGUGGGAGAAGGACGGACGCCGAGUGAGGUCCAGUCGUAGGGUCCGUCUGUACGAGUCACGUGGUUCUUACUAUCUAGAGAUUCCUGACAGUGAGGCCCAGGACAGUGGCGAGUACGUGUGUACGGCCACAAACUCUCACGGCACUGUCACCCACACCGUGAAAGUUCAAGUUGGAGAUAUUCAAACAUCUACAACCACAACAGAGGAAGCACAGGAGACGGGUGUACUAACAGUGGAGGCGGACUCAGAGAUUUCUUCCUCUCAGACAACCGAAGAGAAGACUUCCACAGAAACCAUAAGCAGUGUGGAGGUGGAGGAGAGUCAGUCACGUGACGUAACAGCUGAGGUGACACAGGUGGAAAGCAAGCCCACAGUGGUUCAGAAGCCUGAAAACAUAAAGACAGAGGCGGGAAUCUCGCUUACAAUCAGCACAACUAUUGAAGGUACACCGAAAUCAGAAGUCAAGUGGUCAAAGGGAGGUGAAAAAAUCAAAGAUGGCGGUAGGUUCUCAAUUUCGUCAGACAGUGAUGUGCACACUCUGGAGAUCAAGGAUGCCACCGAAGCAGACACCGGGACUUACAGAGUUACCGCCCUUAGCUCUGUUGGGGAAACUCAUACAGACAUAGAAGUCGCCGUAGCGGCUCCGGUCAGCUCACAGUCGACAGAGAUCACGGAAGCCACACCCAGUGUGGAAGUGGAUCCACAUGUUCCCAGGUUUGAAGUAUCGCCACAAAAUGUCACCGUCGCUGAGUUUGACGCGGUUAAACUCGUUUGUGCUGCCAAGGGUGACCCAGCGCCGACAGUGACGUGGGAGAAGGACGGACGUCGUGUGAGGUCCAGUCGUAGGGUCCGUCUGUACGAGUCACGUGGUUCUUACUAUCUAGAGAUUCCUGACAGUGAGGCCCAGGACAGUGGCGAGUACGUGUGUACGGCCACCAACUCUCACGGCACAGUCACACACACCGUGAAAGUUCAAGUUGGAGAUGUUGCCACUUCGAGCUCCGCCCUUACUGAAGACACAGCGAGUCUGGAGGUACAGGCAGAUUCGGAAAUAUCCUCCUCCUUGGCUGCCGAAGAAAAGACAUCUCUCGAGGCAUCUGCCUCUGUUGAUGUGGAGGAAAGUCAGGUGACUCAACUGUCAGCUGAGGUGACCGAGGUCGAGAGUAAACCCAAGUUCGUUGACAAAUUGGAGGAUGUCAAGAUAGAGGCAGGCAGUUCUAUCAAGAUCAGCACCACUAUUGAAGGGACACCCAAACCAGAAGUCACUUGGUCGAAGGACGAUAAAGUGAUUAAAGACGGCGGUCGCUUCUCUGUGACGUCAGAGACAGACACGUACAGCCUGGAGAUCAGGGAGGCCACAGAGUCAGAUUCAGGCUCUUACAAGGUUACAGCCCUUAGCUCUGUAGGAGAGUCAAGCUCGACCUUUGAGGUCAGCGUGGCUGCCGCUGAUGUGUCCGUUGAAGAGGUCAAGAAACCGAAGCCAAGUGAAGAGGUGGACCCCCGCAUUCCCAGGUUUGGCGUGGAACCUCAAAAUGUGACUGUUGCUGAGUUUGAGUCUGUCAAGCUGGUCUGUGAAGUGAAAGGUGACCCAGCGCCCACAGUGACGUGGGAGAAGGACGGACGUCGUGUGAGGUCCAGUCGUAGGGUCCGUCUGUACGAGUCACGUGGUUCUUACUAUCUAGAGAUUCCUGACAGUGAGGCCCAGGACAGUGGCGAGUACGUGUGUACGGCCACAAACUCUCACGGCACCAUCACACACACCGUGAAAGUUCAAGUUGGAGAUGUUGCCACUUCGAGCUCUGCCCUUACUGAAGACACAGAGAGUCUGGAGGUGCAAGCAGGUUCGGAGAUAUCCUCCUCCUUGGUAAGUAAACUAUACAGGCUUUAG